GCUUCGCUGAGCAAGUUCUCCGCAGCUCACGCUCUUACUCAAGAGUCGUGUCUCGGGUCUCGGUAGUUGCCGUGCCACUACUUUAACUUCAUUCCAUUCCACAAUCGCGUUCGGUCGUUCGGUCAGCGCAACGCCUCGUGGUAUUACCACGCGUUGAUAUAAUAUUUUUAGUUUUUCAAGCAGCCACACACAACGCCUGGAUUAAAUAAAAGAUCGGAAUUGUGUGGCAGUUUUUAGUUUUUAGUUCGGACUUGAUAUAAAGACGGUUUUUAAUUCAAGUGUUCUUCGUUUAUAGUGGUAGGGGUGACCUUUUGUUUGUGUUGAACGAAAUAAAUUGAUAAGCAGUGUUUGUUUAUAUUGUGUUGUGUGUUGUGUUUAUUUUCUCGCAUGCGAAUUGUGAUGUUUGUGAUUUUAUCAACCUUAAUGUUGUUAAACAGGUAAAAUGCAAGAACUGUGAGGACUCAAGGGCAUUGCCGUAAGCCCUUCACGUUGAGGAAGUGAGGGUGAACAACUGGCGAGUGAAACAAAGUGCGCGAAUAGCAAAACAAGGCGUAAACGGAUAACCAGAUUAACUGAUUAACAGCAAACGCACCUUCUAAAAGGAAAGGAAGAACAAAACUCCCGGACACACAUAGGUAAAUCCGCUAUAAUAUUGCUGGAUUAUAUUUGGAUUUAAAGGAUUUACAAACGGAUUGAAUCAUAAUUUAAAGGAUUAUUAAGAAUAGUGAAAGUGACAUUUUCGUCGAGAUGACUUACAAGUUUGUGUAGUGAAAAUUCAGACACUUCAUCAUCGGUGCCAACAAACGUUUUCCUUGUCAUCAUACAUCAAAGCAGAGAUAAUGGGGACAGCACUGAAAGCCUUCGUUUUUUUCCUCAUCAUAAAAGUAUGCAGUGGAAAUUUACCACCGACGUUCUCAUUGGACAUGGACAACCUAGCGUUGUCAGAAAACACGCCAGUGGGGUCGAUCGUUUACAGCCUGGAAGGUACAGAUCCUGAGGAAGGCCCCUUAUAUUAUGGCCUUGAAGGCAGUGAUUUGUUUCGAGUCGAUCGACUUAAUGGUAACGUGACGCUUGUCAAGCCAUUGGACAGAGAGGUGAACGAUACGCUCAACUUCAAUGUCACCAUCGAAGAUGAAGUGAAAGAUGCGCCUCGCGGAGGGAACAAUAUCGUUCGAGUGCCAAUCACCGUGAUCGUCUUAGACGAAAACGACAAUGCUCCUCUGUUUCUCAACGUGCCAUAUGAGAUAUCAGUGAAAGAAGACGCCGAAUUGGGUUCGACGGUGUUCGCGCACGUGGAACUUGCGGAUCCGGAUUCGAGCGGGCAGACGAUCGAAGUGGAGUGCAUCAAUCUGCCCGGAUACGAACACGCCUGCGAUCUCUUUCAGCUGCAGCAGCUCGACGCGUCCACGAACAGUUAUAAAGGUGUAUUCACGCUCACCGGCAAAUUAAAUUACACCGUACGCGACGAGUACGAGAUGUUACUUAAGGCGACUGAUGGAGAGCUGACGAAUUCUACAAAGGUAGUGGUUUGGGUUGAAGACGUGCAGGAUACGCCGCCGAAAUUUGAAGGGGAUUUGGAAGCCGAGGUCUAUGAAGAUGCUGAGAUAAAUUCGUUGAUCAUGACUGUGCACGCUGAGGAUGGUGAUCGUCAACAUCCCCGACCAAUUGUCUACGAACUAGUCAAUAACCCCAUGAACUAUUUUUUGUUGGAUGCGCAUACUGGGGAGCUGCGCACGGCGAAACCUCUUGAUCGAGAAGUUCUGGAAAAUGGCACCCUCACGCUCAUAAUUAAGGCUAGGGAAUUAAUCGAUGGACAGAAAGGCAACGACCCACUGACGACGAGCACCGCCCGGGCGACGAUAACGAUAAAAGACGUUAACGAUGAGCCACCCACGUUCAAUAAGCGCGACUACCACGUUGAGAUACCGGAAAACAUCGCCGAGGGAUCGCCUUUGCCAAAUCUGGAUAUGAGCGUCCGCGAUCCAGAUGUUGAUCGAAACGCUGAAUUUUCUCUUUCGUUGAUUGACAUCUCAAAUGCGUUUGCAAUUGAACCGAAAACAGCGACCGGAUCAACUCCGGUAACAAUUCGCGUUGUGAAUAGUUCUUUGGAUUAUGAAAACCUAAACCAACGAAAAUUCUUGAUACUUGUGGUAGCGAAAGAGCUUCACACUGAAGAACAAUUGUCCUCAACUGCUACUUUGACCAUCACGGUCACAGACGCUAACGAUAACGCGCCAUCGUUUGAUCUGGACAGUUACGCAGCAACUGUAUCUGAAGUUGCAACCCCUGGAACCUUAGUUACUACAAUUGUGGCUAAGGAUAGAGAUAGUGGUAGAUUUGGGGAGAAUGGCAUUGUUUACUCGUUGGUUGGAAAUGGUGCUGAAAAAUUCACGGUGAACAACCGCACAGGCACUAUUACAAUCGCACCCUGUGCGCAACCAGGCGAGGGUGACUGCCUUGACUACGAGACCAAAUCUGAGUAUUUACUCUCGUUCCGCGCCGCGGAUGAUGAUGGCAUGGGACAAACAUCAAUCGUUCCACUGCGAAUCACCCUCACCGACAACAACGACAACGCGCCCAUGUUCAGCCAAUCGAUCUACAAGGUGUUUGUCGACGAGGGCGCGACGCGUUUCGAUCCCGAGCUGGUGAUUGCGGCUAGCGAUAAGGACAAAACUUCGCAUAUAACUUACGCGCUCAUUGCCGGCGAUCCCGAGAAGCUUUUCUACAUGGACCCCAACACUGGCAAGAUCCGCAUUGCCAAGCACGGUGGCUUGGACCUUAGUAAUGAUACUAACACAAACAGUAUUUUACUCACAAUCGAGGCAAGUGAUGGCAAGUUCACCGCUAGCGCCCAAGUUGAAAUCAACAUUCGGGACAUAAACAACAACGCUCCAGUCUUCACAAAAGACGACUACGUGAUCGCCAUUAAAGAAGACGCUAUUGUAGGAAGUGAAGUUUUGGUCUUGAACGCCACGGAUGCUGACACUGGCAUCAAUGCCGAGCUAGUCUAUAGAUUAUCCAAGGGUCAUUUUGAUGAUUUUGCCAUUAACUCUGAGACUGGCGCCGUGACAAUCGCCAACAAACUGGACUAUGACAGGCGCAACACGUACACGAUUGAAGUGGUCGCAGAUGACAAAGGCACUCCUACAUUGUCCGGCACCACCACUUUGACUGUCAAUGUUAUCAAUACAAACGAUAAAAUGCCAUACUUUGUUCCGACCACGCAAAAAGCAGAAGUAUUGGAAGAUGCUCCGGUUGGCACACAUGUUCACACAUUAAUUGCCCUAGAUCCGGAUGUUAACAAUUCAGAGGCUUUGAAUUUUGCGGCGACUGAACCUAUAACAGCUCUGGACAAACAUGGUCAUCAAGUGCUGCAUAGUGACGACUAUAAAGCUUUCUUUUCGGUGGAUAGGAACACCGGACGCGUUACAGUGGUGAAUCCUUUAAUCAGAGACAUUGCUGCUGUGGUCAGAAUUACCGUUCUGGUGACGGACAUUACUGCAUCAACCAUGCAACAAGGCGAAGGCAUGUUGAUUAUUACGAUAACAGAUGUAAAUGAUUCUCCUCCGAUGUUCACGCCACCUUGGACAUUGGAUUUUCCAUUCUACACUUUGGAAUUGAAGGAGGAACAACCCGUGGGGACUAUCGUUGCAACGUACAGUGCAUUUGAUGAAGAUUCGGAGAUUGCCGGCUAUAGUAUUAUCCCCCCAAGUGAAUACUUUGCCGUGAACAACGGCACGGGGAUCGUUCAGAUCAAAAAGAAAAUCGAUUAUGAGGAGACCGAAAAAUUAAACUUUACCAUCGUCGCGUUCGAUUCCGGCUUUCCGCAACUGAACGUCACCGCGACUGUGCUCGUGAGCGUGAUCAACGUGAACGAUAACGACCCGAUCUUUUCCGCGUCCAGCUAUAACGUCAGCGUUCAGGAGAAUCUCGCCAAGGACGCGCACGUGCUCACAGUCAAGGCUAGCGAUGCCGACAGCGGAGUCUUCGGCGACGUCACGUACGCCCUCAUCGGCCACCAUAGCCAACAUUUCCGCAUCGAUCCACGGACGGGCGACAUACGCGUGGAAAACCCCGAAUUUCUCGACCGCGAGGCCAUUCACGAGACGACGAUACAAGUGGUUGCCUCGGACAAUGCGCCUGGCACGCUCAAGCGUUCCGCCAGCGUACCGAUUCACAUCGAGAUCCUCGACGUUAACGACAACCCGCCGAAAUUCAAUCAGAGCACGUAUAACAUUAGCGUCGUAGAAAACGUUAGACUCAACCCACCCGUACCAUUGUUGACCAUCAAUGCCACAGAUGGGGACGUGGGUGCCAAUGGCGUCGUAAGAUAUAGGAUUAUCGCAGGAAACAACAAAGAUGUAUUUCUGUUGGGCGAGGAAACCGGCAUCCUGUACGCACAUAAAUCGUUAAUCGACGGCCCUCGCAAUUAUCAAUUAAUUAUCGAGGCGAGAGACGGUGAAGGCGGCGGGGCGCUGACUGAUCGAGCGAGUGUGAACAUCGAAGUGCAGAACGUCAACGAAUUCCGCCCGUCGUUUAUUAUGCCUGCGUUAGCAAACGCUACCGUCGAAGUUACCGAGACUGAUGCAGUUCCCGAUUUUUUGGUGAUGACUGUGAAAGCGACGGAUAAAGAUUUUGGUGAAAACGGUCGAAUCACAUAUCAUCUGAAGAUCGACGACAUGAUCACACAAGAAACUCCCGAAUUCUCCAUCGAUGCGAAUACUGGCGAGCUGAAAACUCGCAAAUUAUUAGACCGAGAGCAACGCGCCCAAUAUGAUUUAAUCUUGGCUGCUCGCGAUCACGGCAUGCCCAAGUGGUAUGAGACCCUCUGCUACUUAACAAUUUUGUUGGUGGACAUGGACGAUAACCGUCCUGAGUUCCCCGACUCCAAGACGACUAAUCCGUACACGUUCUAUAUCAGCGAGAACGACGCGCCUGGUGUCCGCAUCGGACAAGUACGAGCUUUGGAUCGAGACGAGGGCAAACACGCCCGCGUCUACUACUACCUCCUGUCUGGUAGCGAGCAGGGUGCCUUUACCCUGGACAAGUCUGACGGCUCGCUGUACACGAAUCGUUCCUUCGAUCGCGAACAGCGUGCCGAGUACGACCUGUACAUUCUUGCUAACAACGAUCCCGACUUUUAUCUCACCAGCGAGGACCGCGACAAUCUUACCGAGGAGCAGGUCACGCACGACGGUAGCAUCGCCAAAGUGAAGGUCUACAUUCGCGACGUAAAUGACAACGCGCCCACGUUUGAGCGAGACGUCUACUACACGGCGGUGAACGCGAUGACCAAAGUCAACAAUUUUAUCCUAAACGCAACCGCCUCGGACCCGGAUUACGGAGCGAACGGUAGCAUAUCCUACUAUAUCAAGGCGUCCAAUCUAUACAAGUACGGGUCGGACAAGAGCUCCGGUUCGAUCAUCCCUUCGCCCUUCAACAUCACGCAGCAGGGGCAGAUCAACACUGCUUCGUAUCUUGCCGAGAACAAUCAGCAUCGGUUUAUCGUCGACGUGGUAGCUAGGGAAAACGCCUUUCCCGAACGCGAGACAGUCACGAAGGUGCACGUAUGGAUUUUUGAGCCAAAUCAAUUAAAUCGGAUUAUUCUGUCGAGACCGGUAGACGAGGUCCUACGGGAAAAGGAUGAGAUCGUCGCAGAGUUGAGCAAUGCAACUGAAAGUCGUGUGAUUGUAGACGAGAUUCGAUAUCAUACAGAUGAUAUGGGUAAAAAGAACGAAGAAUGGAGUGAUAUGUAUAUCCUCGUGGUAGAUCCCAGAACGCAUUCUAUCAUUCCCGUUCCUGAAGUACUGAAAACAAUCGAUUCAAAGUAUGACUUCUUGAAGGAUUACUACGCUGGGUUUGCCAUUGAAAACGUUGUACCAGCAUUUGCUACUGAAAAGGACGACGCGUUUGAUCCGGCAUUAGCGGCACUCAUAGCUUUGCUCAUUGUGUUGAUUGUUGGAAUUAUUACGUUUACGGUGGUGUGUUGUUGUUUGCGUCAUUGGACUAUUGCGCCUAAUCUAAAGAAAAAGGACGCUCUUAUUAAGAAGGCAAUAAUUGACGAUCUCAACACAACCGAGAAUCCAUUGUGGAUUGAACAGAAAUUAAAAAUAUAUGAAGAACAAGAGUUGACGAUGCAGGUUUUCAAUGAGCCAGAGAAUAUGAAUAAUCGGAGAAGUAGUGAUGAAUUUAUGCCAGAUGACAAUACAUAUGCGACGAUUCAACAUCCAAACCGCCGUGGCUCUGUGCAUAUGGCGACCUUAUCAAUGGCGGAUGAAUUCGCCGAUUAUGCAACGUUAUCUGGAGUGGCACAACAUUCCAAUAGCAGUACACUGCGUGGAUCGCCAAAUUAUUAUGAGGCAGCUAUGGGCUUUCAAGGCUCAACAUUCCAAGUCCCAGAACCGGCUAGCAGCUCAUCCGAAGAUUUCAACUCAUUUAAUCGCAGCCGAUUCAAGCAGAACAACACCAGCGGUGGUCUCGACAAGACGGAGUUUGUCGCAGAACUGAUAUGAAUGCCCUGAUUAAUCUAGUAGACUCGAACCUAUUGGUAAGAUAAACAAGUGACAAUUAUUAUACAUAUGAUAUGACAACAAGAUGAUAAUACGAGCAACGUGAUGACAACAGUUGCAAAUUAAUUUCAGCAAAUUAACUUUUAAAAACGAACAAAUUCAGUGACAAAGUGUGUGAUAAGACAAUACAACGUUUUAGGGGACAGCACGCCGCACCAAAAUCAAUGACGGUGCUGUUCUGCUUGCAAAAGAAAAUAUUGUAAAAUAAUAAGAUUACUAAUAUGAAUGAAUAGUUAAGUCGAUGAAUAUGAAGUGUAUGUAGCAUUCUUUGCAUUGCAUUUUUGUUUUAAUUGAACCAUUUGGAAAGGGUGGAAUUCUGAGGUACUUAUGACAUUAAAGUGCAACGUAAAUAAUGCAAAAUAAAAUAAAAUGUUUAGGGUAAAAUUGUAUACAAAUUUUACUUUAAAUUUUGUAAUUUAUUGUUGAAACAAAAAUAACAUUUAGAUAAAAAACGA